AUGGUUGUGGCCGAGUACCCCCUCAACAAGAACAUGCACAUGGGCAUCGUCAGCGCGAUCACGACGGUGCGGCCCGCGACCUUCUACACCGAGGGCAACGACGACCCCAACUACCUCACCGACGAGGAGAUGGGGACCCUGCCCCGGCUGAUCCGCCACGCGCGUGAUCAUGACAAGGACACCAAACUCGAGAUGCGCCGGUACGACCUCAAUUCCCUUGAGAACGCUUGCCGCCUGGCGGAGGAGAUGCAGGCCCCGGUCACUUUCCUCGACGCGGAGUGGCUGAUGGGGAUGAACGUCAUUACCUUCCUUGUUCACGUCUACGGCGACGUCACCAAAGUCGACGACGUCGCCACCGAGCUCGCUCGACUGGAGCUGGCGGAGGUCGUCUUUACCUUUCCCGCCGGCAGUACCGAAAGUUCGUAA